ACUAGCCUGCACUGCUGUGCUCUGCUCCAGCAAAUGCGUGUUCAGGGUUUGGAGGGAAGGAAUAGCUAGUGUUCCUUUGCUAUAACCUUGAGGGAGUGCAACCAAAAGUUUUUACUGCUACGAGUGUGGUGAAAUUCUUCACACGAGGAGGUGAAACAAGAGAACGUUUUGUUCUUCAGUUUUGUUUGAAAUUAUUCUUUGAAAGAAAUCCUCCACCCAUGCACUCACCGCUGUGUUUUCAUUGGACAAGGUGGAAGAUACAAUAGAUGAAGAAAAGAACAGGCAGCAACAUUUUCAAGCUUGUGUUGUGCCUUACUGAGGCACAGCAGUGAGGGAAUCUCGAAGAGGAGGAUAAACCAAGGCAUUUUGGAUGUACAAUAACUUGAUCUUCAAGAAAGAUUUCCUUUGCUGUGCUAUGCAGGAUAAAUCCCAUUCACUCUGUAUCUGAGAGGAAUAUUUAGGAGAGAAACCCAGAAUGGCCAUGGAGUGGGACCACAGAGACAGAGAGCCUUGUUUGUCCCCAGCAGCAUUUGUUAAUCAGGUGCAAUACUCUAACAUCCUGGAAGGAAGGUUUAAACAGCUGCAAGAUGAGCGUGAAGCAGUACAGAAGAAGACUUUCACCAAAUGGGUGAACUCUCACUUAGGCCGAGUGACCUGUCGCAUCGGUGACUUGUAUACCGACCUGCGUGAUGGCCGCAUGCUAAUCCGCCUUCUGGAAGUGCUCUCAGGGGAACAGCUGCCAAAGCCCACUAAGGGUCGCAUGCGUAUCCACUGCCUUGAGAAUGUUGACAAAGCCCUGCAGUUUCUCAAGGAGCAAAAAGUUCAUCUAGAAAACAUGGGCUCACAUGACAUUGUGGAUGGGAAUCACCGUCUCACUCUGGGUCUCAUCUGGACUAUCAUCCUUCGCUUCCAGAUCCAGGACAUCAGUGUGGAGACAGAAGAUAACAAGGAGAAAAAAUCAGCGAAAGAUGCCCUGCUGCUUUGGUGCCAAAUGAAAACUGCUGGAUACCCUAAUGUCAACAUCCACAACUUCACUACCAGCUGGAGAGACGGUCUGGCGUUCAAUGCCAUUGUGCACAAACACAGAUCUGACCUGAUUGAGUUUGACACCCUGAAAAGGUCCAAUGCUCACUACAAUCUCCAAAAUGCUUUCAAUGUGGCUGAGAAGGAGCUUGGCCUUACCAAGCUGCUUGAUCCAGAAGAUGUUAAUGUUGAUCAGCCUGAUGAGAAGUCCAUCAUUACCUACGUGGCAACCUACUACCAUUACUUCUCAAAGAUGAAAGCCCUGGCAGUGGAGGGUAAAAGAAUCGGCAAGGUGCUUGACUAUGCUAUUGAAGCAGACCAGCUGAUAGAGAAGUAUGAGACCCUGGCCUCAGAGCUGCUGCAGUGGAUUGAGCAGACUAUAGUGACGCUUAAUGACCGGCAGCUAGCUAACUCACUGAGUGCUGUGCAGAACCAGCUCCAGGCCUUCAACUCCUACCGAACUGUGGAGAAACCCCCGAAAUUUACAGAGAAAGGAAACUUGGAAGUUCUCCUAUUUACUAUCCAGAGCAAGAUGAGAGCAAACAACCAGAAAGUUUACAUGCCAAGAGAGGGCAAACUCAUCUCUGAUAUCAAUAAGGCAUGGGAACGAUUGGAAAAGGCUGAGCAUGAACGUGAGCUUGCACUCAGAAAUGAGCUGAUUCGCCAGGAGAAGCUGGAGAUGCUCGCUGCACGUUUCGACCGCAAAGCUGCUAUGCGGGAAACAUGGCUGAGUGAGAACCAGAGGCUGGUGUCCCAGGACAAUUUUGGAACUGACUUGGGAGCAGUGGAAGCUGCCACCCGUAAACAUGAGGCAAUUGAGACAGACAUUGGGGCAUAUUGGGAGCGUGUGGCUGCUGUAGAGGCUGUUGCUAAAGAGCUGGAUGCAGAAUCAUACCAUGAUGUGCGGCGUAUACUUGCAAGAAGGGAUAAUGUGCUUCGACUCUGGGAAUACCUGAAGGAGCUUCUGACUGCACGCAGAGAGCGGCUGAAUGCCCAUCGUGACCUACAGAGACUGUUUCAAGAGAUGCGCUAUAUCAUGGACUGGAUGGCAGACAUGAAGAGUCGUCUGCAGUCUCAGGACACUGGUAAACAUUUGCAUGAUGUCUUAGACCUACUCCAGAAACACACUCUGGUAGAGGCUGACACUUCAGCUCAGGCAGAGAGGAUCAAGGCAGUGCAGGGAGCUGCAAAGCGUUUCACUUCCUAUGAACAGGCCUACAAACCAUGUGAGCCGGGACUAGUUAGUGAGAAGGUUGAACUGCUGGGUCGAGCCUAUGAGGAGCUUGGCCAGCUUGCUGGGUCACGCAGAGAGCGUCUAGAGGACUCGCGCCGUCUGUGGCAGUUCCUCUGGGAUCUUGGAGAGGAGGCAGCCUGGAUCAGAGAGCAAGAGCAGAUCCUGGCCAGUGGAGACUGUGGACGUGACCUCACUUCUGCCCUUCACCUGCUCAGUAAACAUGAGGCUUUCAGGGAUGAGAUGGCAGCCCGCUAUGGCCCCCUGAGUAACAGCAUUGCUGCUGGGGAAACUUUGGUUAAGGAGGGACACUUUGGAGCUUCAGAGGUCACAGAGAGGAUUGAUGACAUCCAAGCACAGUGGGCACAUCUGGAGGAGACAACUAAGCUCAGAGAGCAGAGGCUGAAAGAAGCAGUAGCCCUGCAUCAGUUCCAAACAGAUGCCAAUGACAUGGAGGCAUGGAUCAUGGAGACUCUCAGACAGGUGUCCAGUCAGGAGGUGGGCCACGAUGAAUUCUCCACCCAAACUCUAGCACGCAAGCAGAGGGAAAUAGAAGAGGAGAUCCAGAGCCACCAUCCCGUAAUCGACUCACUGCACGAACAGGUCCAAGCACUGCCCCAGGCCUAUAUAAAUUUCCCACAGGUGGAUGGGCGUCUGCCUGCCAUUGAGCAGAGCUACGAAGAACUGAAAUCUCUGUCAGUAGCUCGUCGCCAGGCCCUGGAAGGUGCCCUGGCCCUCUACCGCAUGUUCAGUGAGGCUGGUGCCUGCCAGCUCUGGGUGGAAGAAAAGGAGCAGUGGUUAUAUGGCAUGGAGAUCCCAACCAAACUGGAGGACUUGGAGGUGGUGCAGCAGAGAUUUGAGACACUGGAACCUGAGAUGAACAACCUAGGCAAUCGUGUCAAUGAUGUGAACCUCGUGGCUGAGCAGCUGCUGAGCUCCGACAACUGUAACAGAGACCAAAUCCACCAGACCCGAGACCAGCUGGACAACAGAUGGAAGGAGUUCGAGCAACUUGCUGAUCAAAAGAAACAAGCCCUAGAGUCGGCCCUUAACAUCCAGAACUACCACCUGGAGUGUAAUGAGAUCCAAACCUGGAUGAGGGAAAAGACCAAAGUUAUUGAAUCCACUCAGAGCUUGGGCAAUGACCUGGCUGGAGUGAUGGCUCUACAACGCAAACUCACUGGCAUGGAGAGAGACCUGGAGGCUAUUGAGGGCAAAUUGGAUGACCUGAGAAAUGAGGCAAAGAAGCUGGCCAAGGAACAUCCAGAUGAGGCUGGAGAGAUUCAAGGACGCCUGGCAGGCAUUCAGGAGGUGUGGGAAGAGUUGAACGACACCAUGAAACGACGUGAGGAGUCAUUGGGUGAAGCCAGCAAAUUGCAGGGCUUCCUGAGGGACCUGGAUGACUUUCAGUCCUGGCUGUCCCGCACCCAGACAGCCGUGGCCUCAGAGGACAUUCCCACUUCUUUGCCUGAGGCGGAGAGUUUGCUAACACAGCAUGAGAGUAUCAAGAAUGAGGUGGAUAACUAUAAGGAGGACUAUGAAAAGAUGCGAGCGGUUGGUGAGGAGGUGACCCAAGGUCAAACAGAUGCCCAGCACAUGUUCUUGGCCCAGAGGCUCCAGGCGUUGGAUACUGGCUGGCAUGAGUUACGUCGCAUGUGGGAGAACCGUCACAGUCUUUUGGCUCAAGCCUUUGACUUCCAGACUUUCUUGAGAGAUGCAAAGCAGGCAGAGGCUUUCCUCAACAGCCAGGAGUAUGUGCUGUCCCACACAGAGAUGCCUACCAGUCUUCAGGGAGCAGAGGAGGCCAUUAAGAAGCAUGAGGAUUUCCUCACCACCACAGAGGCCAGCGAGGAGAAGAUAACUGGUGUGGUGGAGGCUGGACGGCGCCUCAUUAAUGACUGUAAUGCAAACUCUGAUAAGAUCCAGGAAAAAGUUGAUUCCAUCCAGGAGAGGCAUCUUAAGAAUAAGGAGGCUGCAAAUGAAUUGCUGACAAAGCUUAAGGAUAACCGUGAACUGCAACACUUCCUUCAAGAUGGACAGGAGCUCACAUUGUGGAUCAAUGAGAAGAUGCUGACAGCUCAGGACAUGUCAUAUGACGAGGCCAGAAAUCUUCACAGCAAGUGGCAGAAACACCAGGCCUUCAUGGCAGAGCUGGCCUCUAACAAAGACUGGCUUGACAAAAUCGAUAAGGAGGGUCAGGCGCUGGUGGCAGAGAAGCCAGAGCUGAAACUUAUUGUCCAGCAGACCCUGGAGGACCUACAGCGUCAUUGGGAGGAGUUGGAGGGCACCACCCGCACCAAGGCUCAGUGCUUGUUUGAUGCUAACCGGGCAGAGCUCUUCACACAGAGCUGCUCUGCUCUGGAUGUCUGGCUUAAAAAUCUUGAGGGUCAGCUGCACAGUGACGACUAUGGCAAGGAUUUGACAAGUGUGAACAUCCUGCUCAAGAAGCAUCAGAUGCUGGAGCACCAGAUGGAUGUCCGGGAGAAGGAGGUGGAGUCGCUGCAAUCUCAGGCCCUGGCCCUGUCUCAGGAAGAUGCUGGACUUGCUGAAGUAGAUGGUCAGCAAAGGCGUGUCACUGACAACUUUUCCAACCUUCAGGAACCUCUCACACUGAGGAGACAGAAACUGCUCGCUUCCAAAGAGGCACACCAGUUCAACAGAGAUCUGGAGGAUGAAAUUCUAUGGGUGAAAGAGAGGAUGCCUUUGGCGACCUCCACAGACCAUGGAAAAGACCUGCCCACAGUACAGCUGCUAAUCAAGAAGAACCAGACAUUGCAGAAGGAGAUCCAGGGCCAUCAGCCUCGCAUUGAUGACAUCCACAGACGAGGGCAGACUCAAAGCCAGGUAGAUGGUGAGAGACAGUCUGCUCUUGAGGAGCGCCUUGUUGAGCUGAAGGACCUCUGGGACCAGCUGAUUGCCGAGACAGACAAGCGUCAUGCCCGUCUAAUAGAGGCCAAUCGCGCACAGCAGUUCUAUGCUGAUGCAGCCGAGGCAGAGGCCUGGAUGGGAGAGCAGGAGCUACACAUGAUGUCAGAGGAAAAGGCUAAGGAUGAGCAAGGUGCACUAGUGAUGGUCAAGAAGCACCAGAUCCUGGAACAGGCACUUGAAGACUACGCCCAGACUAUACACCAGCUAGCCAACAGCAGCCGACUCAUGGUCACCAGUGAACACCCAGAGAGCGAGAGAAUCAACUUACGACAAGCCCAAGUUGACAAGCUGUACGCAGGAUUGAAAGACCUUGCUGAGGAGCGUCGUGGACGUCUUCAGGAGAGGCUGCGGCUAACCCAGCUGAAGCGGGAGGUGGAUGACCUGGAACAGUGGAUUGCCGAAAGGGAGGUGGUUGCUGGUUCACAUGAACUAGGACAGGACUAUGAGCAUGUCACAAUGCUGAGAGACAAGUUCCGGGAGUUUGCUCGUGACACUAGCACCAUUGGCCAAGAGCGUGUAGAUGGUGUAAAUGGGCUGGCAGAUGACCUGAUUGAAUCGGGUCAUCCGGAGAAUGCCAGUGUGGCUGAGUGGAAGGAUGGGCUCAAUGAGGCCUGGGCUGAUUUGCUGGAGCUGAUUGACACACGCACACAGAUGCUGGCAGCCUCCUAUGAGCUGCACCGCUUCCAUCAGGAUGCCAUGGAGGUGCUUGGACGUGUUAAGGAGAAGAGGGAGGCGUUGCCCACUGAGCUUGGACGUGAUCUGAACACUGUCCAGCAUCUACACAGACAGCACAACACUUUAGAACAUGACAUCCAGGCCCUCAGUGGACAGGUGAACCAGGUGCAAGAUGAUGCAGCACGGCUGCAGAAGGCCUACGCUGGAGAGAAAGCUGAUGACAUUAAUAGGAGUGAACAUGCUGUGACGUCUGCGUGGGAGGGCUUGCUUGAGGCCGGUCAGACCCGCAGGAUCCUCCUGCAGGAUACUGUGGAGAAGUUCCGUUUCUUCAACAUGGUGCGAGACCUCAUGCUCUGGAUGGAUGGCGUCAACCUGCAGAUUGAUGCACAUGAUAGCCCCAGGGAUGUAUCCUCUGCAGGGUUGGUCAUUGCCAAUCAUCAGGACAUCAAGUCAGAGAUUGAGACCAGAGCAGACAGUUUCACUGCCUGUAUUGAGAUGGGAAAUACUCUCAUCAACAAUAAUCACUAUGCAGCUGAUGAGAUCCGUGAGAAACUUGUGCAACUCCAAGAAAAGAGAGACAAGAUCAACAAAAAUUGGCAAGACAAGAUGGACCAUUUACAAAUUGUGCUGGAGGUGUUGCAAUUUGGACGCGAUGCUUGUGUGGCAGAGUCUUGGUUGGCAGGGCAAGAACCUCUGGUGCGAACAGCAGAGCUGGGCUCAAAUGUGGAUGAGGUGGAAAGUCUAAUUAAGCGGCAUGAGGCCUUUGAGAAACUUGCUGCUUCCUGGGAGGAGCGCUUUGUUCUUCUGGAGAAACUCACUACACUGGAAGAACAGGAGAUGCAGAGGAGGCGAGAGGAAGAGGAGAGGGCACGGCGACCCCCAACACCACCCCCAACAGUUGAAGUGGCACAAUCUGAGACAGAAAGUCAAGCACAUGAUUCUGCAGCCAGAACCAGUCUGGACCAGACAACACUCAAUCAGUCGGUGUCAGUGAAUGGAGUACACAGCGACGACACAUCUCAGCAGUCAUUAUCGCUAUCGUUGUCAGUGGGAAAGAAAUCAGAGCCUAAACGUGUGUGUAAGCCAAAGCAGCUGGAGCGUGGCUCGGAGUCAGAGUCAGUGAACGGACCAGGUAGAGACAGCGGGCUGGCAUCUUCUCGUCUCGAUCCGUCUGCCACCUUACCGAGCAGGGGUGGAGCAGAGUCUGAGCCAGAAACCAUGGAGGGCAUGCUCUGUCGAAAACAGGAGAUGGAGUCCCACAUGAAAAAGGCAGCUACUAGGUCAUGGCAGAAUGUGUACUGCGUCCUAAGAAAAGGAAGUCUUGGUUUCUAUAAAGACGGCAAGAGCGCUAGCAAUGGCAUUCCAUACCACGGAGAGGUACCCAUCAGCCUCGGAGAGGCUGUUUGUGAAGUAGCUCACGACUAUAAGAAGAGGAAAUUUGUAUUUAAGCUCAGGCUAGGAGAUGGAAAAGAAUACCUGUUCCAAGCAAAGGAUGAGGCGGAAAUGAGCUCCUGGAUCCGUUCCAUCCUCGGCUCCAUUCCAACAGGAGCAGGGGACUCACCUGGUGUUCCGCGGGCCCUCAGCCGUGCCAUGACCAUGCCUCCCAUCUCCCCCGGCUCAGGUGAUACCGGAGGUGUUACCAUGCGCAACAAAGAUGGCAAAGACAGGGAUCGUGAGAAGAGGUUCAGCUUCUUUGGCAAGAAAAAAUAGAACAUUUGUAAAAUUAUCGAUGGAAACUACAUUUGUCAAAAUUUCAACAAACUGAAACAGGCAGAAAGGAAAGUACAAACAGGUCAUACAAACACACUGCUCUCAGUGCAGGCCCCAAGGAAUUUGUCGACAGCUGCUGUAUGUGGCUUCCAGAGAACUUUGUUUCUUUUCUUUCUCUCUGAUUCUCUCCCUCACCGGUUUUUAUCUGUCAUUUACUUUUUUUCGUUCGCCCAUAUUCCACAUUUUACUGCACCCAACAAUGAAAGCCCUCAUCCAAAGGCAAUUUCAGCCAAUUAGCAGAGCUUCUUAGUCUGAGUCACUAACACAGCCAAGUUGUUGGAGGUGCGGUUGGCAUUAGCAGGGAUCCUGCCUCAGUUCAGGACCAAUCCACCAAAUCGGCUCCUCUUCAGCAUGAAUAUUUUCUCUCCAGUGAGUCUUGACUAGCUGAGCUGUUUUGAUGCUGUGUCACUAAUAUAAUGAUGGAUGGUGGCUUUCCUCUGGUGCACUCCGGUUUUAGUUCCCCACUUCUAAGCUCUCUCUUUGGGAAGGAUUACAUCAGUCUCUUUUUCUGUUCUUGGUAUUGAUGUUAUUAACCUGACCGAUAUUAUUGCUAUUAUUAUUAUUAUUAUUAUUUAUCUUUUGCUAUUGUUGGUUUGAUAAAACAAACUAAUUAAUUUGACAAUAGAUCAUCUUGAUUCAUGUUGUGGAGAGAAACACAUUUGGUUAAAGUAGUGGAGAAUGUUGGGCUUGCCCUUGUAUGUAUUAUUAUUAUUAUUUUUUAGGAAUGACAGUUCAUGAGGUGUUUUGAAAAAAAUAAAUAAAGCUCAUUUAAUUUUAGCAGUGUGCAGUAAGUGAUCACAAGUUUCAUUGGGAAAAUGAUAUAUAUAUAUAUAUAUAUAUUUAAUAAGUGGUUUUAUUUUUUAUUUGAUCUAAUUUUGCCUGUAUUUGAUUAUUUCUUGGAGUGAUCUUUUCUGCUUGAUUUUCAACUUUCUUUUUGUCUGUACAAAGCAGAGAAGAUUAGUUUUCUAGUGUGUGUGUGUGUGUGUGUGUGUGUGUGUGUGUGUGUGUGUGUGUGUGCGUGCGUGUGUGUGUGUGUGUGUGUGUAUGCGCGUGUGUGAGUUGUGGUGCUGUGGAUUUUGCACGUUUAUGUUAUUCCUGAUCAAACGUGGCCAGAUGGACGCUGCUUUUCGGUACGCGAACGCAGAUGAAAACCAGACACAAAACACAACAUAAUAUAACUGGAAUGAUUUUAUGAAAACUAGCUUUUCUUUGCUUUUGGUUUUAUUAUUUGUAAGCUGACCAAUGAAGUUUCUCAAGAUGGUUUCAUUAUUUCUGUUUCAGUCUUCUAAUAUCUUUUCCAUUCUCUCUCUACUGGUGUGAAGGCAUGGGGGCAGUUUGUAGAUAAAAAAGCUGAAGCACAUCUUCUGUGGCAGACUGCACGGACACGAGCAGGACAGACGGACAGCUGACAGGUCUCAUUACAGGUGAAGUGAGGGCUGUGGAAGUGAGAUUAGAUAGGCAGUGAAGAGAGAGAGAGAGAGAGAGGUGUACUGAGCCUUACUUGAACCCACAUCAGAUACACUAAAUCCAACCUCCAUUUAAACAGUCCGUAAAGGAAGCUUUUAGAGUAUGAAGAGAAUGUUAAAAUGUGCCCUGUGGCAAUGAUCUAAUGUACGUCAGUGGAUUGUAUAUGCAGGUACUAUAUGCAGACUGAAUUAGAAAAGAGUAACUAUGACAGGCUCUGCUCUCUAGCAGAGUGAGUAGUCCUAAAUUCUCUUACCUGAGCCUUGCGUUCCUGCAGAUGUGGCAUGACUUCGUAUAGGUUUGUGCUUGUAUGUGUCUCAUCAUUGCCAUCAAUUCUCUUCUGUGUUGAUGUACUCUGAAAAGACAAGAUCACUUCAUAUUCAGGGCUGGAAAGCAACAUAUAAUAUGUGAUCGACAUUUACGAUAAUCCAAAACAAGAUCAAAACAAUCCAGUAUAUGAUAGUUGUUUAUCACUAUCCUCACAUACUGUACAUGUUUGAAAUGAGAAGGGCAUUUACAGUAUAUUGUGAGACUGUAGGCAGUAGAGUAAUUUUAUAUAAAUAUGUUGACACCACUGAGUUGGUUGCUGAUAACUAUAAUUAUUGUCAGUGUCAAUUUGCCUUUUCUUACUGCCAAAAUGCAACAAGAUGUAACUGGAUAACAAUUCUGAAUUGAAGAGUUUUAAUGGAUUAUCUUACUGGUUGCAGGUAAUCAGUUAUUUGUAAUUUAUUACGUCUUGAAAGUAACUCUUUUAAGCUGGUGAUUGCAUGGUUGUGUAGACCACUCUUUAGAGGGCUGAUCAGUUUGCAAGAAUGUCCCACCAACCUGCUGUGAUAACACAGAUAGCUGGAAGUAAACUUGCAUUUGGUUGCACUGGUGUAAACAGGUUGGCCUUAUUUUCCAGUCCCAAAUGAAUGUGGAACUGGUGGGACCAUUGCUCAAAUCAAAGACCCUCCAAAUCAGAGAAAAAAAGGUAUCUCAUCAUCCAGACUAAUGACUGUACCUGGUCCACACUUUAUCAAACUGACUGCCUCGUCUCUGUCAGUGAGAUUUUGGAUCCUGGAUGUGUGACAGAGCUCCCAGUUUCAGUCCAGUUUAAGUAAACUAAACUAUGAUCUGGGAAGUUAAUAAGGUCAUUGCAUACAUAAGUGAGCCGGUGCAGUUCAUUGUGCACAAUUUCAAAUGGAGGUGUCAUUCUUCCCUAAUGGAUGAGCUAUUUUUAGCAACAAUUGCUACUUCAUCCAUGCUCUGGGCAUCAGGCACAGCAUCCAGCUGAUGGAGGGUAGUUCAAGUUUAAAGGUCACACAGUGUAUUUUCUUAUCAGCUCAUUUGAAUGUGAAUGAUUGAAAUUAGUUUGGCCAAAUUGGUCACGUGAAGCAAAAAUACUUGAUAUUACAUGAGCGCUCUCUCUCUUUCACACACACAACACAUUCGCACAUAAAUACUGUACUGUAUGUUUAAUGCAGAACGACCCUGGCGAUCCAGUCUUGUGGAAAUGUCCUCAGCUGGCUGUGAUUCGAUGUUGCAUACGGCAUCCUUUUAAAAUAACAUUGUGUUACUGGUGAGCUUUGACCAGGAGAUGGAAAGUAUGUAUUAUCAAUGUCAAAGAGAUGAGUUUUUUGGUUUUGAGAGUACUUGUGACAAUGGGGUACUUAAUGAAGAAGAAGAAAAAAAAAACACUUGUACUUGUUAAGUAUUAAAUUUGAGUGACAAAGACCGGUGACAAUUUGAGCUUCCUUUUUUAGAAGAAGGCAGGAUAUUUGCUGUCUAGUGGGAGCUUGUAUUUUUUCAUCCAGUGGUCUGUCUUGCAGCAUUUGAUAAACCUGUCCACCUACCUUUUAUUUCUCAUUACUUUUGACGAAUGUCUGUUCCUUCCUCUGUAAUUCAGAGUUGUUAAUACCACUACUAUUAUUAAUUGCUAUUAUUAUCAUUAUUGCUACUGUUGUUACUAUUACUACUACUGUUACUAAUGCAACUUAUUGCAAAAAGUAUAACUGCUGUCCAUUUUCAGGUACGUGUCUGUAAUACCAGACCCUUCCACACGAUGUCAGUGUGCUGUGGAGCAUUUUCAUUACAAAUCGAGAUAAUGUUUGUUGACUUGUGUAUCUACAUCUAAUAUUAGGAAUAAUAAAACAUGGUUUAAUCAAAAACACAA